CACUUGUCGUACCACUGGUUUAGCUGACAUCUAAUUGGCUUCAUCAAGCAGAGGAGUUCACAAGCGAAGAGUAUACUCUUGUUGAUUAUCUCGUCAAUCUUCAUGAUCCUAUCCUCUUUCUUCAUGAUCUUAUUCUCUUCAAUCUUUACAUAACACUCACAGGCGUGUUUGUUUCACCCCCAUAGUUCGACGAGUCAGUUUUUAGGUAUCUUUUCGGUGAUUUUGACGAGUUAGCAUGAAGGGUCGAUCUGCUACGCUUGGGUGUCAGAGACGCUGACGUAGACUUUAUAUGUGUGGUGGAACCGAAGCAACGCAACGCUAGUACGCUGCGACAACACCAGGACCCCUGUUUCUGGACCUCCUUGUACUUGACAACAUCCGCGAGACGCUACAUCGCUACAACUCCCACGAAUAAAAAAGAAGCUGCCUUCCAAGGAUAUCACCAUCCAAUCACGACCCAAACCAUCCUCCACCAUGGGCGACGCUGACGUGACUACGGUUAUUUUUCCCCCGCCUGAGAUGCGGGGGAUCAUCGAUAAGAUGGCAGAGUACGUUGGCAAGAAUGGUAUCGACUUCGAAAAACGCGCAAUGCAGGAAAAAAGUGCCAAACUCAGUUUCCUCAACCUAGACAACCCUUACCGACCUUACUACGACUACUUGCUGAGGGAGAUCAGAGCAAGAGACGCAGGUGCUGCGGGAGCCAACGGCACAGCAACUGCCAAUGGUCCGUCGAUCCGGGAAGCAGCGAAUGCUAGGCCCCAAGCCUUGCAGGAGAUCGAGAGGGAGGAAGAAGAAAAGAAGAAAAAGAGGGAAGCCAAGAAGCAGAGCAAGAACGCGAUCUUCGGCAAGAGUUUGCCUUUGGCAUUGACGAACCAUGCAGCACACUUCAUGGGGGAUCCGGCUGACUACCAACUAGCAAAAGUCGAUCCGGGAGCUAAGCCUGUGGCAGCUUUAUGAUUGGUGAUGUGGAGUUUCAACUCCUUACCAUGAGUUUACCUCUGUGUAAGUUUUGCUUCAAAAAUGGCCAGUAAUGGUCGAACCUGAAGUACAUGACAGUGGCCAUGUCCUAGCAGGUGCGGCUUGGCCGCGAAGCAGUGGACCCUCAACCUUAACCGUUUCAAUUUUGCGUUUGAGUAAGUUGUAUGUAGUUGUAGUAGCACUUCCUAUUUCGGUAUGCUUUUCUAAUGUUCCUGUUCGAUGAUCUUCAUUUUUGCACAUAAGAAUAAGUACGUAGAUUUCAUGCCUGUAAUUGAGGCUUCUUUGUGAUUUUGUCAUUAUAGCUGCAUCCACAGUACAAUGUUAAAAUGUAGUUGUAUGCAUCGUCCACAGAAUAUAGAAUGUAGUUGUAUGCAUCGUCCCAUCGACAGUUUCGGAACACUGCUCAGGGCGAAACUCCAUUCCAUAGCUUAGCUCUUCUAACCUUCCCGGACGGCAAUUCACUCGCUGCCUCGAUCGCUGCGAUGAAUUUGAAGGAGCCCGCUCCCGAUGAGUAUUCUGUUCCCGCAAUCACCAUGGCACCGCUAGAUCGCGACAUCAUGAAGGUCACUGCCCAAUUCGUGGCACGAAAUGGCGCUCCUUUUCUGGAGUCGCUGAGUAAUCGAGAGAGUGCGAAUCCGCAGUACGAGUUUUUAAAACCGACACAUCACUAUUUUACCUUUUUCACGAAGCUGUGUGAUGCUUAUACGAAAAUUUUGACGAACCCAGCAGCGGCGAUUGCAGCAAAGGAAGACGAAGAAGGCGCGGAAGGCGAGGAGAACUACCUGAACACGCUGAAGAAGAUCGCGAGCGAUAGAGAAUACAUCAUCGCGCGGGCGUUGGACAGAUUUAAGUACUUUUUAGACCUUGUUGUACUUGCAUCUCCUGUGGUGCUGGAACGACAAUAAUUUCCAAGUCAGUGCCAUCAUGUGAUUGUAGGAUAUUAUAGCUAGGACCAGUUCCGUUUUGCAUUUCAAUUGUACUCGCAUAUCGUAUCUUUCUCCAAGAAUUUCGUAUCUUUCAGUCCCUUCGCCUUGCAUCUUCUUGAAUACUACUACUACAUCUCACACGUAAUCUUUCUGCUCCUUUCUCCAAGAACCAACUCCUUUUCCCCCUCUCCCAGGUGGGACCAAAAGCAGAAGCAGAUGAAGGAAGAUAAAGAUGCGCAAAAGGAGGAGCAGAGAGAGCGAAUGGAAGCCAUUGACUGGCACGACUUCGUUAUUGCCGAAACAAUCACCUUCACCGAAGAAGACGACAAUAUUCCGUUGCAGGCACCCCUAGACUUCUCGAAGAUAAAGAUCGAAAAGCCUCUCGAUCCAGAAAUGAUGCCAACGAUCUUAGAGGAGGAAGAAAAGAUGGACGUGAGUGACGACGAGAAGGGAGAAGGUACUUUUUCAUAUUUAGCAUUCUCGUAGCUUGAACUUGAUCAUCAUGGAUGGAAAUGUUACUGUAGUUGUGUCCUCCGAUCCUUUUGUUUAUAAACAUCUCGAUGUUUCGAUCGUUUACCCUUUUCUCAAACAUAUUCUCCACUGGCAUCACAGACGAAGAGCCUUCCGAAGAAAUGGCCGCAGAGGAACUCGUUGCAGAAGGCGAGUCCCCAUCUAAGAAACUGGACCCUAGCAUUCCGAAGCAAUUAGAACUAGAGGAGAUUGCGGCACCAGAGGAAGUCAACUUCGACAACGUCGUUGUCCGUACAGACUACGUCCGUCAGAAGAAGACCGAUGAUACACAAAUGCAAGUAUGUCCUUUGACCGGACAGCUGGUGGCAGCGAAUGAAAUGCCAAAUCACAUGCGAAUAUUGCUCAUGGAUCCACAGUACUGCUUUAUUUACUUUUUGAUCACAUGCGAAUAUUGCUCAUGGAUCCACAGUACUAAAGAUUUGUCUAUUUCCUUCAUCAGAUUAUUAGAAAAAUGUCUGCAGCCGAAUACUCAAUUGAUUUUAAUGCAUUUCCACUUCCUCGUGUUUGAUGGAUUUCAACGAAUCACCACCAUCCUUCCUCCCACCAAAAUCGCAACAGGUACAAAUACCAACGUGACAAGGCUUUGGAAAAAGCUAGAAGUGAGAAUAUCUUUAUCGACGAUGUAGAUAGGAAUCUGGGAGCAUUUGCGGCGAUGAGACCGGAUUUGUUCGGUACAAUCGAGGAGGAGAUGGAGGUAGCAGCAGAAGCUGGUGACGAGGCUAUUGCACGACAGGCGGGAGCCGAUGCUGGUAAGAACUUUGCUUAUAUAAUCCGAUCAUUAUUGCGGCAAUGUGGUGCAAGAGAAGUAGAUUUCUAUCUUUCGUUCAUCCAGAAGGACCUCCCGAGUUGAAUACUUAUAAGAAGAGGUCACAAUGAUUUGAAUUUCGAUUCUCCAACACAUACGUUUUACUCAACACUCUCUCGUUCUACAAUUCCUUCUCCACCAAAUCCGUCGUCCACAGGUCCCGCACACACUGUUUACAACCCUGAAGCUGCGUUUUUGGCGCACAACCGACCGGGAAAACAGGAGGCGCCACCUCUUGCGCCGUCUCUACGUCGUGGUAGAGACGAUGAGGAGGAGUUCGAUCUGAUGACACCUCAGAAUCCAGAAGAUCGCUACAACGCUGAAUCCGGUGAGGAGUCUGACGACGAGCCAUUGCCAAAACGACAGAAAUUGAUGUUAUGGAUUACAAUACAAUAAAUAUAUUCUAUGUUUCUUGUUCAGAUACCGAGCAGACUGGCUUCUUCCUUUAUAUUCCUAGAAGGUCAGAUAUUCCCAGAUUGGCUUCUCCCUGGCUUCUAUAAGGUUGAGGUUUAGGUCCGGCGGCGCUCAAAGCACUACUAAAUAAAGCAACCGGCUCGUUUUUACCUCCAGAGUUUAGCCCUUCCAACAAGAUAAUUCUCGCACAAGGUUCAGGCCAAAGUUCUUGUUUGCCUUUGUUUCUUCCUGAUUUUGUUGUUCGUGGCAUUUUUGCUUAGCUCUUCUAAUCUCCCAUCAACUGCAAGCCGAGCGGGAGUUUGCUGUUCGCAACCAGGAGACACCGGCUGUGUUGCUUAUUCAGAUUUCGAACGAACUACAGGAUUCCAAUGUGUCAGAGCUCGAAGUUACACUGAAGGUAACCACCAAGAUAUCGCAGUUGAAGAACAGUUUGUGCGCACAGUUAGGCCACGAGACGGGCAAGGUCAAGUUCAUAAACCUCGACAACAACAUGGUUUUGCGAAGCAAGCGAACUCUGGCGUAUUACAACGUGGGCAAGGGGAGCAGACUGAGAUUGGAAGCACGGAAAUACAUCUAAGACGUUGGUUUGUACCUCGGGGAGUUGCAGGAGAUGAUAAAACGAGUGUAUUACACUUGUUUGUGUUACAAGAUGGAGCUGCGGUACAAGACGGAACUCUUAUUGAGGAAGGCUGUUUCUCUGGUCUUUUAUCAACAACAUGAUAUUCCCGAUGAUGAACUCGAGUUCUCCGCAUGAAGACCAUACAUCAGCGACUACCAGCGGGUCUUCAUGCUAGCGUACACACCUAUACCUCCUAACAACAUCGUAUAUAAUGUGAUAACGAAUAUUUUGGUACCUUACAAAGAUGACGCGAAAAUCGAAACAUCAAGAAAUCUAUCGUGAUAUGAAUCUUCUUGUUGUAAGAAAAAUAACGAACCCCCUUCUAAUGAUUUGCCCCGCCCGCACUACAUGAACCAAACGUAAGAAAGAGAGCGCUGACGACCUCUUUCCAACGUCGCGCAGCUAGUGUCAACGUGGAACCGUAGUGCAACCGGUGUAUUACUACAUUUGUGUUGCAGAAAAAACGACGAGUGUGCGAUGCUGAGUUGAUCAUGUACGGAUCUCAUCCGAUGGCAUCCAGUUGUUAGUCAUUGUGUUCCCC